CCAUAUCGACUUGAUUUAUGUUUCCUGUUUUUCCAGCGGAGUCCUUAAAAGAGCCCAGUUUGUGCAGCUUGGCUCAGUUGAACCAGCACCAUGGUGUCGAAGAAAGAGGAGCUUGUGUCUGCUGCUGUGCUUCUGGUCGCUCUCAUCUCACAGAGUGAGGGCAUCAUCGGAGGCAGGGAGGCAGCUGCACACUCCCGACCCUACAUGGCCUCCAUCCAGAUGCCCCACGAGGACAGCUUCAAGCACGAAUGCGGGGGCUUCGUGGUCGCGGAUCAGUGGGUGAUGAGUGCCGCACACUGCCUGCCGACCGGACCGAAUGGAAGGAGGGUGGUGCUGGGCGCCCAUUCUCUGAGCGAACCGGAGGAGACAAAGCAAAUAUUUGAGAUUUUGGAACGUCACAACCACCCAGAUUUCAACCCAGAUAAUUAUGAUAAUGACAUUGCUUUAAUUAAGCUGGACCGUGCAUUUAACGCCUCCGACGCCGUAAAAACCGUGGAGUUCCUGCGAGAGGGCGGCACAAACCCCGACACCGGCGCAGGGGUCAACACGGCUGGCUGGGGAUCCACCGACAACCUGGAGAACAGGCCGGACAAGCUGAAGGAGGUGGACAUUGAGGUGGUCAACCCAAAACUAUGCAAGCGCGCCGACUACUUCGGCCGAAAGUUCACACAGAACAUGAUGUGCGCCUACAAACUCUGCCCAGAGCCUUGUACUCAAGCAGAGAAGAAGGAGGACAGCUGUGAUGGUGACUCUGGAGGGCCGCUCCUCUACAAUGGUGUUGUAGUGGGCAUCACAUCUAACGGGGGAAAGAAGUGUGGCCAGUUGAAAAAGCCUGGAGUCUACACUAUCAUCUCUCACUACACUGAGUGGAUUGACAGCAUCAUGAAUCCGCCGCCUGUUACGCCCGCUAGGAUUGAAUGAAGGGGAGCAGUUAAUACCAGCACGCUACAGACGAGUCUGCUUAGCCACAGAACACUAGACCUGGACAUGAAACCUAAGUGUGUUGACUACAUUAAUGCAUAAAAAUAUUAUUGUUCACAUCCUAUUUUACAUCAUUGUAUCAAUCUACUUUAUGAUGAAGGAAAUCAAUAAAUUGCACUUUGUCACA